AGUUCCAGGACAAGCGCUCUGUAGUUUCUACGCUACAGGUCGGUACCUGGUGAAACUCGACUUCAGGAAGAAGCACUACGUAGUUUCUGAGCUCCAGGUCCGCUACCUGAUAAAAUUCGACUUCCAGGACAUGCGUUCCGUGGUUCCUGCGCUCCAGGUUCUCUACCCGGUAAAACUUGACUUCGGGGACAAGCGCUCCGGAGUUCCUGCGCUCCAGGUCCACUACCUCGUGAAACUCGAGUUCCAGGACAAGCGCUCCGUAGUUAUGGCUGUCCAGGUUUUUGACCUGGUGACUUUUGACCAAGCGCUCCGUAGUUUCUACGCUCCAGGUCCACUACCUGGUGAAACUCGACUUUCAGUACAAGCGCUGCGUAGUUUCUGCGCUCAAGGUUCACUACCUGGAGAAACUAGACUUCCGGGACAAGCGCUCCAUCGUUCCUGCACUCCAGGUCCGCUACCUAGCGAAACUCGACUUCAAGGAGAGAACGAGGAGGACGAGGAUUUGUGCUCAAUGAGUACAACCCGAGGUGGUUAUCGGUAGUUGAUC